UGGUGCGAGAAUUAGCUGAGAAGAAGGUAAUCCUUUUCAUUACCUUUGGUCAAUUAGUUUUAAGACAUUUACGAUUUCCGUUGCCUUUUCUCAGAAAAGUAAUGUUGAUGCUGAAACAUCUGAGAGUAGUGGUGGAUUCAAAGAAGGAGUCAGAGUACAAAUACUGGAUUGGAUUGAAUCAGAGGAUGUUGUUGUUGGUGAAGGAGAAUUCUGCUCUGCUGAACCGAAGUACAAAAUUGGUCGUAUACCAAUUGGUCCUAAUGCAGUGGCUAUCGUAGUUAAGUAUGCACUAAGCGCAUCAGCUUCACUCUGGAGGCCUACUACGGAUGUGUUAACUCUUGAUGAAGCUGUGGGAUACAAGAUAUCUUGGCCAAUGGAUAAAGUGAUUUUGGAUAAGGAUCCAAACUGUUCUGAAGAUUUAUCUAUGCAAAGCAAGGAAGGUGAAUAUCGAAGAUGCAAGAUAUAUGAUUGGACCAAUGAUGAGGACGAGGUCAUUGCUGAAGGUCUCGUGUGCUCUUCAAAAUCCAAAGACAUGGUUAACAACAUACCUCUGGGUCCCAAUGCUGUUAGUGUCGAAGUAGUGAAGGUGUUCAAUGAUCAAGCAUAUUUGUGGAGGCCAACCGCUGAUAUGUUCUUGAUUGGUGAUGCACUUAGCGAGAAAAUAGCAUGGCCAGUCCUAAAGGUUGAAGUCAUGCCUACACCCGCUACAGAAGUAACACCAACUAAAUGUGCAGGGAAGAAAAUAGCAUCACCUUCGAAGCCAGCCAAGAAAAAAGCAGUGAGUCCAGGCAGCACUAGUUCGACCAGAAGUCCGAAGCAGAAGUGCACUCUCUUGGAUUGCAACAACUCUGGACGUAAGGUAGCUGAAGGAAGGGUAGCUUCAACGGAUCCGAAUGAGUUGUGCCACUUUGUACCCCUAGGUCCAAAUGCAAGCAAGGUGUGGAUUGAUGUGGCUAAGAUCGGUGAUGCAAAAGUCUGGAGGCCAAAUUCAGAGAUUGAAUACAUAUCUGAUGCAAUGGGUUCGGUUGUGGCAUGGCCAAAUGACAAAAUCAAGUUUGUCUAAAAUUGUCGUCUGAAACAUUUUUCAAGUUGGUUCUCAUCGGCUAUGUAUUUCUAGUGUGUGAUCGAAUGUUUAGGUACUUUUUUACUCGGUUGAAAUCAUGUAUGAUAUUAUGUAACAGUUAGCAGACAAAAAAACAAAAAUUAUGUGUUAUAUUAUGAUAUAAGGUUAUGUGUGAAAAUGUUUAGCUUGUUAACCCCUAUACCCUUAAGUGCAUAAUUUUACAUUAAACCAUAAGCUUUAAAAAUUAAAUCCACAGACGGGAAGACCAAAAAUUAAAAUC